CCGUAUUCACGAAUUACGACAUUCGAACUUAAAAUUUAAUGAGUGUGAAACUCUUAACAACUUGGGCCGUAAGGAAGUGUACUUUUCAAACUCCAUGGAUACAUUUAGCCAAACAACUUCAACAAAUUCCACAUUUUUACUCAUUCUACUGAACCUUCUUAGCACACUAUAAAUAUCCCUUCUCAAGCUCUUCCAUUUACUCACACAAAAACCUCAUCAAAUCCCUCCAAAAGAGGAAAAAAGAAAUGGCACCCAAAAAUAGCUCCUUAGUUAUCAUUUUCUCCAUCUUAGCUCUUGUUGUGGCCAGUUCCUUUCCACGACUUAUUUCCGGCCAAAACUGCGGUUGUGAUCCUGGGGUCUGCUGCAGCAAGUGGGGCUAUUGCGGCACCAACGACGACUACUGCGGCGAUGGCUGCCAGUCGGGACCUUGCAAUUCCUUGUCGGCUGGCAAUAACGGUGCUAAUGUUGCUGACAUAGUGAGUGACACUUUCUUCAAUGGGAUCGCUAAUCAAGCUGAUUCCGGCUGUGCCGGAAAAGGGUUCUAUACUCGAUCGGCUUUUCUUGACGCUCUCAAUUCUUAUUCAGGAUUCGGAACUACGGGUUCAACCGAUGAUUCUAAGAGGGAGAUUGCUGCUUUCUUUGCUCAUGUGACUCAUGAGACUGGACAUUUUUGCUAUAUAGAAGAAAUAGACGGGCCUUCGAAGGAAUAUUGCGACGAGAGCAACACCCAAUAUCCAUGCGUACCAGGAAAAGGCUACUACGGAAGAGGUCCCAUCCAACUAUCAUGGAACUUCAACUAUGGUCCAGCAGGAAACAGUAUUGGUUUCGAUGGUUUAGGCGAUCCAGACAUCGUUGCCAGAGACAAUGCCAUUUCAUUCAAAACUGGGUUGUGGUAUUGGAUGAAUAACUGCCAUUCACUCAUCAAUUCUCAAGGAUUUGGUGCAACAAUUAGGGCAAUUAACGGUCAGCUUGAAUGUGAUGGUGCAAAUACAGCAACUGUUGAUUCUAGGGUUCGGUACUAUACGGAUUAUUGUAGCCAACUCGGUGUUGAUCCCGGACCUAAUCUCAGAUGCUAAGCUAAUAAUAGCCUUAAUUUGGUUAACUAACAUUUUUAGGCACAUAAUAAUUUGAUUUGUGAUUGUCACGAAUUAGAGUACUGUAAUGAUCAAAAGCCUAACAAUGUGCGUUUUCUUUUUCAGAUAAUAAUAUAACCAGAUUACAAUUU